AUGAGUGAAGAACAACCUUCAAGCCAGGUUAACGGUCUGCGUGACUCGUUGAAUAGAUGGAACCAAACAAGACAACAAAAUUCGCAAGGUUUCAAUGAGUCUGCCAAGACACUGUUUUCGAGCUGGGCGGACUCCCUGAACACUAAGGCCCAGGAUAUAUACCAGACAUUGCCUGUGUCUAGACAGGAUCUGGUGCAAGAUCAGGAGCCGUCGUGGUUCCAGUUGUCAAGAACGGAAAGAAUGGUGCUCUUYGUGUGUUUCCUGCUGGGUUCAACUGCAUGCUUCACUCUUUGCAUCUUUCUCUUCCCCGUUUUAGCUACCAAGCCAAGAAAGUUUGGUCUAUUGUGGACGAUGGGUUCCUUAUUGUUUGUAUUUGCAUUUGGGGUGCUGAUGGGGCCACUAGCUUACUUUAAGCAUCUGACUUCCAAGGAAAGAUUGCCGUUUGCCGUUUUCUUUUUUGCCACUUGCUUUAUGACGAUUUAUUUUGCAGCCUUUGCCAAAAGCACCGCGCUCACUAUAACGUGUGCCGUUCUGGAGCUAAUUGCUGUCAUAUAUUAUGCAAUUUCUUAUUUCCCGUUUGGUGCGACAGGUUUGAGGAUGUUGAGCUCCGUUGGUGUCAACUCCGCGAGAGGUGUCCUACGCAUAUAA